AUGUGCAGGAACAAGACUAUAAACGAAAAACAAUAUGGCUUCUGCGCAGGAAGGUCCACAGACAAUGCCUUAAAACAACUGCUAGAUAACAUAGAGCAGAACAAAGACAUCAAUUUGGACACACUGGGUAUUUCGUUGGACAUCAAAGGGACAUUCGACUCGUUGUGGUGGCUAGACAUAGUCGAAUGCCUAGACAUCAUCAAAUGCCCAAAGGAAAUCCUGAAUCUUAUACGCAGCUACUUGCAGGAUCGUUGGAUACAGGUUACAACGGACAAUUAUGCACUCAAACUCAAGUUGGAAAGAUGUUCCCUAAAGAGGAACCCUGGAGUUCCCAAGAAGGAACCCCAGGGUUCCUGCUUGGGACCUACACUUUGGAAUCUUGUAAGGAACACAGCUUUUGCGCUCUAUGACCAACAGCAAGGAGUGGGUAUCCAGGCGUACGCAGACGACUUUUUAUUGGUCAUUUCUGGUAGCACGGACAUUAGGUUAAAGGCACAAAACGCAAUCAAUACUUUUGCAAGCUGGGAGCUUGUGUAUGCGCUGAAGGUAUUCAACUACUUUUUUACUGCUGUCUUCAUUCUUGAAGCAGCAAUGAAAAUUGUUGCCUUAGGAUUGCGCAGAUAUCUUUCAGAUCGAUGGAACCAAUUAGAUGUUGGAAUCGUUAUUCUUUCCGUAAUUGGUAUCGUUCUGGAAGAAAUGGAAUCUGAAGUGAUACCCAUUAAUCCGACAAUCAUACGUGUCAUGAGAGUUUUAAGAAUAGCAAGAGUCUUGAAAUUGCUCAAAAUGGCUAAAGGGAUACGAGCUCUCCUCGAUACUGUGAUGCAAGCAUUGCCACAAGUGGGGAAUCUAGGAUUGUUAUUUUUUCUUCUUUUUUUUAUAUUUGCUGCCUUAGGAGUUGAGUUGUUUGGACGCCUGGAAUGUACUGAUGAAUAUCCAUGCCAGGGUCUGGGCGAACAUGCUCAUUUCCGUAACUUCGGAAUGGCUUUCCUCACAUUAUUUCGAGUCGCCACUGGAGAUAACUGGAAUGGGAUUAUGAAAGACACUCUACGAGAAAACUGUGAUCCCUCCAGUGACUGCAUCCGCAACUGCUGCGUUUCACCCAUUAUAGCUCCCCUUUAUUUCGUAGUGUUUGUCCUGAUGGCCCAGUUCGUUCUAGUUAAUGUUGUCGUUGCAGUGCUCAUGAAGCACCUCGAGGAGUCUCAUAAGCACAUGGACGACGAUAUAGAAAUAGAUGCAGAAAUUGAAAGACAGUUGGCUGCUGAGCUUGCCGACAGCGUCCGAAGAAAGGGCCGCGAUCGGAGGAGAGAAGCCAGAAAACAAGAAGAAUUAAAAGAAAAUGCACAUAGAAAAUUAAUCAAAAUGUCUUCACUUCCUGCAAACUUCAUUUUCCGUUUCUCAGAAGAAUCAGAUGCCAAAAAUACUAGUUUCCUAGAUCGAACUUCCAGUGCUCAGUAUAGUCCAUUAGCAACCAUAUCAAUUCAUGAGGACAACGGAACUUCUCCCACGUUAUCUUGGCCUGUUGCUUCAACAAGUGACAACAGAGGCAGACGUCACACACUAGAGGCUGGAGAUUCGGAAGACAAACCUUCUGUGUCGCAGCUCAGCCCAACACCUCUUGUUGGCAGUGUAAUCAGUUUAUGUAGUUCUGGUUUGUCUGAUGGAGGCUCAUAUCGCUCACCUAUGAAAGGCAAAAAAACAACAGGACAGCAGGUGGUUAAAUCUAAAUAUGUUGGUCCACCCAUCAGAAUGAUAAGUGCCGAAUCUAGUGAUGAUGCAAGUGCACCAUCUACAACUGUUAUUCCUGUGGAUGAUGAUGAUGAUGAUGAAAAUCAAGCGUGUGCUAGUAUUGUCAUACAAGAAGUAACUAGUCCUUUAGAGGAUGAGUUAUCUAUCUGUGAUGUAUUAUUAUCAGAUGAGGAUGAAGAGAAAGAAGGUGUUGAAGAAGAUAACGGCCUUUUAUGGUAUGUAGAGGAAGAAGAAUCAGCUACAUCUACAAAUGGACUGCUAAGGAAUUACCCUGAAUUGCGAUCCCAACCGGGAUUAGAUACUGUUUCUUGGACGGCUUCAGAUGAUUUUUCAUCUACUACUAUAUCCGGAACGCUUUCCGGUGCAGAAGCCGCUCCGGAAGACGGAGGAGGACAAGAACCUGAGUCCACAAAUAUCCAACAGCCAUCAUCUUCCAGUCAAUGCAUAUCCGUAUCUCAGUCCUCUUCCUUGAGAAUGCUUGGACUGGAUGAGGUAGAGGAAGAGGAAGAAAUGGAAGACGUUCUUGUUGUUGAUCCCAAUGAUCAAAAAGCUGUUCUUAUCAUUGGAACAAGACGGUGUAGCGGUAUGCCUGUGACAGGAGACGAUAAUAUUGGUCACUGUAUAACAAAACCUCCAGACCAGUGCUAACGAAUGUGAAGCAAAGACCCGUAGUUAUAAUUUUGCAAUCUUAAUAGUUUAGGGGGAAAAUUCAGAUAAUUUUUAAUUGUGUUUUGAAUAACAGAAUGUCAUUUAGGUCAUCACAGUAUUUUUAUCAGAUACUGUAGAUUUGUAUUGACUUUAUCACUUUUACCACUUUUCUUCUUUUUAACUUCUUUAUAUUAGAGCAAAUAACUUCUCAACGAACAAAGCCUAAAUCAACGAACUAGUUCUUUAAUGCAUUAUUAUAAGAGUUUCUUAGAAACUAGAUUCAAAUGAUGAGAUAGUUGAGGAGGAAGGUUACCUUAAAAAAUAUCCUGUUUUAUUAAUAAAACUGAUUUCAAGGCAAAUUAGACGUCAAAUUUUCAUGAUGCAAAAUAUAUAUCGAAAUAUUUUUUUUUAAUUUAGUGUUUUCUGCAUUAAGUUAUAAAAAUCAAAUAUCAAUUAUUUUGCAUAAAAAUUGAAUAUAAUGUAUUUUGCACAUAUAAUUAAUUAUACAUAUAUUACAUUUUUUAAAACAGUAAUUAGAAAUUUUUGAUAAUAGAAUUAUCCAUUCCUAUAGAAUUAUGUCUCUUUACCUUUCAAAAUUUAGGUUUGAAAAUGAAUAAUGCAUUCCUGAAAUCAAAAAUAUAACUGCGGGUCUGCUACAGGUCUUAGCAAAAAUAAAAUUAAUUAAAAUGUUUUUCAAAAAUGUACAAAAUGAUGUUGAAGAUGAUGCAUCUUUUCUAUGUGAUGUUGUAUUUAUACAUGUUUUUCACUGUAAAUAAUGUAAGUAGAAAAGCACCAAAUAGAACUUUUUUUUCUAGAAAAAUCAUUAAUACAUUUCAACUGUUGCAAUUGUGUGACAGCUGUGUCGUAACGAUCUUCAAAAUAGGAUCUGACUGAAAUGGACAAAUGUUUUUUAUAUAAUCUAUGUAUCUCAAAGGGAAGGAAAUAAAACAUUUUCUUAUCCAGAGUAUGGCACAGCAAUCAUAGAAUUAUUUACACUCUUCUCCUAUUAAGAAUGUUCAAUUUAACGCAGUCGCAUCUGCUUUCCCGUAUCUUCAAAUUCUAGUUUCUUAAUCGUAUUCAUAUAAAGAAAAUAUGUUCAAUAAAAAUAGUAUGUAUAGCUUUCAAGUUGCUGUUUCAUAUUCUGGGUGUACAAAUUAAGAUUUCCCUCUCUUUCAGGUAGGUAGAACAUAUAUAAUUACAUUUUACCUGAAAAAAAAAAAUGAUGAGUAGAUAAGGCAAAUUUCUUUCUGCUCAUAAGUCACUAAUUCACAGAAUUAUAUUAAAUGCAUCAUUCGUUUUAAAGAAACAGGACGAGCAUACUUUGAAAUUUAAUUUAUACUGUUUCAUUAAAUUACUAAAACUCUUUUCUGCAUUUCAAAAUAUUUCAAAACACUAAUAUUUGUACUAAACGAGUCUUGAUUCAGGUUCUAUUUUCUGAACUAUGAAAAGAAGUUUAGCGUUGUAUUAAUUUGAGUUACUUUAAUCAAAUAAUUAAUUAGUACUAUUAGCUAUGUUUUGAUGAAUUUAAUUCAAAAUACACAGUUCUUAGCCUCAGUGAUUACAUUAAUAAUUUUACCUUAAUUUGUUGAUCAGCUUAAUAACAUAAUUGUGUUAAUACUAGACGAUAAAUACCUAAUCUUCCCGAUGUUUCACUUAUGAAAAAUUUUUUUCGCUUGGAAAACCUUUUAUUAGAAUUGUUCACUAAGCAAUUUAGUAGAAUUUCAUUUAUAUUCAGAAAUCCAAAUUAAGAUGCGAAAAUAAAGUGUCUGAGAAUCAAUAACAUGAAAACUUUUAGUAAUUAUAAAGACAGCUAAUGGCUAAUAUGUCUUUUAAAUAGAUUCUUGAAAACAUUCUGUUGACUUGCUUAUUCCAUAUUAGGUACAUUUCUUUGCGUAGCUGUUUUAUAUGAAAUCAAUUGGCACUGCAUGAAUAUUAAUUAUGGUAAUAUUUAUAGCUGAUAAAAAAUUGUGGAAAACCUGGUUUUCUGUUAAAAUGAGGUAGGAUAAAAAUUCUCUUGACUUUUUAAUCAUAUGAUACGCCCAUACGCAUAUGAUGGCCUGCAAAAUUUAAAAGUAGUUAAAUGGAUUUUGUAUUAUGCUGUUAUACAAUUUUGGAACUAAUUUGAAAAUUCAGUUCUAUUUCUCUAUCACGUUCUCACUAUUAAUUUCUUGUUCAUCAAUUUUACGAAGAAAGUAGGUAAACUGUUUGAGAGAUUGAUUAGAUAAUAUGUGGCAUACAAAGUGAUCAGAAACGCCUGUACUUUUUGUUUUAACGUUCCAUUAUGUUACGACUCCAGGACAUUUAUCUUCUCUGUGGCUUAAAAUCUCUAUUAGUCAUCCCCACAGCUUGACAAAUUUUUAAUUCUGAGCAGUACUGCCAUUUGAUGUGCAGUAAGUUCUUUAAUUUUCGUUUAAAUUAAAACUAUGUAUUAUUUAGCAAACUAACGAAUUAAAAGUGUGCGUGGAUGAUAUAUUUUAUAAUAUUUUAACUGAAUUAAUCCAUAAUGCAAUAGGAUGUCGGCACUCUGAGACGCUCACGACCGUCUCAGUUUCGGAUACGCAGUUUUUCUCAUAUUUUUGCUGCCAGUGCGACAUUUAUUUCGUUCCGGUAUAACGCAGUCUCAAAGGGCACGCUGAUCAGUAACAACAAUAUUUGCCACCUACCAUCUCUUAAAAAUAUAUGGUAAGUAUUUUUACAAAAGUAGAGGCUUAAGUAGUUAUAUUUUUCAAUGAUUAAUUAAAAUACUUCACGUUAUUUUUUGUGUUUCUUUCUUCUUUUUUAUAUGUGGCCAUAUCACGAAUUUCUUUUGCGCAUUAAUACAAAAUUGAAUUACAACGUUCCUGCCGUUCCAACCAUUUCAUAACUCUUUCUAACAUAUAAAGACUUCAAACAUGAUGGACAGAAUUAUUUAGCAUAAUAAAUGCUUUAUUGCAGUUUAAUGCUUUACUUAUUGUUAUUUUUAUAAUUAUUGUUAUUAUUAUUAUUUCUUUAUUUAUUAAUCGUAAAUAGAUAUGAUCUCAUCAGGAUUUAAAAUUUGAUGCCCGAGAUCAUUAACCUCGAUAUUAAUCGCUCAUUAAUUUUAUUUUCCUUAUAAUUUACAACUCUUCCUGUCAUCUUCAUAUCAUUUACCUUGCGUGUGUGUGUGAUUAUAUGGCAAAGCCUCGAGGGCUAUCUGCCUAAGGAAAGGGAUGCCUUCGUGGAGGACUUUCUAAGGGAAACUGGCUCGUAUACACGUUACACAUGGGGAAAGCCACGAAAGCGCCCAUGCAGCCAGCCCGUUCGCGGGAUUCGAACCUCGGACCGAACUACCAGUGUUCAGCGACUUUACCGCUCGGCCGCUGGUGGGCCCAUUUACCUUGCAUUCUUGAUCCCAUUAUUACAAAUGUUGUAUAAAUCGUUUCUGUUUGUAAUCUGACCUUGAAACUGCAGUGUUCGGAUAACUGGAGUUUAAAUAACCGACGUUCUACUAUAUGCCUAAUCCAUAAAAUUUAUAAUGUACAUAAUCGAAUAUUUUUAUAAGCAUUUUUGCAUAAUUGUAGUCAAUAAAAGAUGCUUCCAUUGCCAUAAAUUACACACUUUUAGUACAGAAUAAUAAUCUGCAUGGUUCUAACAAGAGUUACUUUAUUUUAAAGAGACAGAUCUGUUAUAUUUCUUUAAAUUAUUAAUUACAGUAUAUUCGUUAAUAUGUAAGAAAUGAUUUUGCAUUAAGGUUCGAAAUUUUUCCUCUUAAUCGUAGUUCAUUGUCUAUUUAUAUCAUGAAUUUUCCUGGGGGUUAUUAAACAAGUUUUUAUAAUAUUUUCAUUUUUUCAUCCUCUCGUUAAAUUUAAAGUGUAAUCAAAAUCAGUAGCGUUUUCAGCAUUUCAGAGUUCUGUUAGUUUCGUUUUCAAUGCCUUGCAGUGCUAGUAUCAUCAAAUCUCAUGAAACUGAGAAUGCAGGGAAUAAAUUUUCAAUCUUAAAUGGUAACGUGAAAUUUCAUAUAUUUGUAUCACAUUUACUACUAUGCCUUUGUAAAUAUAUUCUUGCCAGCAAGAAAGCAAGAAAACAUUAUGUGCUAUUUCUUAAUCUUUUCAUAUCUCCUCUUCCAACUGUGUUCACGUAGUUUGCAUCGACAAUUACUUUUCUGAUCUCUAGAGCAAAUACGUUCUUUCAUUUUAAUAUCUAAUAUAACGGAAAAUAUGUAACUGAGAUUUUUUAAAUCUCAUAUAUUUCACCUCUUAUGUGCAAUCUUGGAACUUUUUUAUUUAAUUCCUUUUAAAAUGAAUGAAGGAUAAAAUUUUGUGCAGUGAAGACUGCUAUGUUAAACGAAGAAGAAUUUCAAUUUAGCAAUUAAGCAAUUUAGCUAAAUUCAUUGCUGAACUACAAGGUUUGUAUCUUCAUGCUUUCUCUCAGAAAGACAGCUUUGUAUGGAAUAGAUCUGGAUACUUACGUAUUAACGGAGCCACUUCAGUAGAAGUCGCCAGAUUUUCAGAAUGUGCCAAACUCUUGACCCCAUGCGCAUAACCAUUCUUCCGUCAACCAUGUUCAUAUUUUUACCUUAUUUUUAAAAUAUGAGCUUGUGUAAUUUGCCAACAAUGUUGGAAACUGCGAAAACUUUUCUGCACGGAUACACAAUUUUACUGAAAAUUUUCUGUAGGGAAUAACGAGGAAAUGUGUUUCCUAGAUAGUCGCUUAUGCCGAGAAUUGGACGAAGCCGAGUCUCCGCAAUUCUCUUAAUAUUUUCUUAAGCAAAAAAAGACCGCUGUGUACUUCGGAAGAAUAAUAAUGCAAAAAAAUUACAGAAAGAUUUGAAGAAGAAUGUAAGUGUUUUAUUUUUAAUAUAUUAUGUAAUCGUUGUUUAAUAAUUCAAAUUUGUAAUAUAAACUGCUGAAGUAUGUUUUCUUUUCAUAUAUUGAUAAUGUUUACCGACUUACUAUAAAUAUCGAUAAUUAGGGUAUUUGUUUUUUUUUAAAUGAGUGAAACCCACCAACUUGCAUCCGAAAAGUAGCUUUUACCUCUUCGUCCUCAAAAAAUCGCUAAAUUUUGCCAAGGUAGUUGCGUUACUAUGUAAGUACCUAGAUCUAAAUACAGAUGUCACACUACGAUUAGAUAUUUCUUUCCUGUUAUUAAAGAUAAAUUGUUUUAAUUAUCAAUAUAAGAUAUAAAGAUAUAAUUUUAAAAAUAUUUCCUGUUUUUAUAUCCUUAUAUUAUUUUAUAAGAUACAAUGCAUGAAAUUGGUAAGAAAUAGUACUUUUCAGAAUGAUUUAACUGAUUAUAUCUUACUACUUGUAAGGCAAAUAAAAACACUUUGCCUUUUCUUUAAUCUAAAUAAUCAUUCAGUAUGAUAAACUUCAUGCUGUCUUCGUUUCUUCUCGCUUCGUGUCCAAAUUUAAAUGCAAAGGAGCAUUCAAAGUUUCGUCACAAGCUUUCUGUUUUUCCUUUGUUGCGAUUUCAUUGCAUUAGUUUUCAAGUAUGUAGCGAAAUGCUACAAACUUUUUCUAGCAUGGCUCUUGAACUGUAGGUUAAUCAAUAUCCAUUAUACGACAGCAACACUGAUCCAGUGCAGUUUAGCACGAAAUACAGCUUUUUUCUUUAACUAAGUAUGGAGCUGAGUUCAAAUUUGACUAGGACAAAAUUUAAGCAGAAUUACUGUUAGCAGUGCUUUUUAAUGUCACUGUAGUCAACUAUGAAUAAAAAAACUAUUUUUUAAUUUUGCAUAAAAAGAUAGAAAUGUUAAUUGGGAAAAGAUAACACGUGAUAGAGAAAAAUAUAUAUCAGGCCAAAACUAAUAACAGUAAAAAAGACAGACGAAAAUUCUACAAAAUGCAGAAAUAUUGAGCAAUAUAAUUUAAAAUUGUUACUUACUUUUCAACGAAAUACAAUAUUUUAAUAUUUAUCUAAUUUCAAAUGGAAAAUUCAGCACCCCUUUUAUUCUAGAAAAAUUUGGCACAUAUUCAAAUAAAUUAUUAGACUGCAAUGGAUAAAAAAGAAAACAAAGAAAUUUUGAAUUAUUUUAUUUCAAACUGCAUAUUUUCCUCUCUUUCUGGUAUUUUAUAAAAAACUCUUCGAAAACGUGAAUUGAAGUGCAUUAUCAAAAAAGUAUGUUUUCUGUUGUUUAUGCUGGAAAUUAUUCUGUACGUAAUUUCUUGUCACAGAAAUAAUAUUUCUGCUAGUGUAUUACUGAAUUGCAGAUGAUUUUGAUACCUUAUCUUAAAAUAUAUUUCCUUCUUGAAAAUCACCUUUCUGCGAAUGUAUUAUUCAAAACUUAUGUCGCCGAGUAGUUCGUUUUAAAAUAAAAUCUGAAUCAAACUACUAUGAUUACAUUGAAAUCUCUCGUCUAUCUUUUUCAUUCCUCGUUAGUUGACCUAAAAAAUAUUAUCAUCUUAUGAUCUUAUUGAUUACUUAUUUCAUAAUUUUUUAGUAUUAAACAUUUACUAUCCUUAAAUUAAAAGGGUCUGUUCUCCUGUCUAAUUCUUAGAAAAGUAAUAUUUUCAGAAAAUUUAACUAAUAUAAGGCCUGUAAUUUUAUUCUUUAAAACUUCUUUUUAACUAAGUAUGUGUUUGA